AUGAUUGCAGCAGUGGAAUCAAACCUUAGUCAGCAGGGGGGGGCAACGGAGGAGACUAAGAGCCUCAUCCAACACCAAGUGUCGUCUCUCCUAAUGGCCCACAGGCCGCGGGAAAUGCUUUCCAAGGACGAACGUGAUGCGCUUAGAGAACUCAAGGCCGAAAAGGACCCGGUUAUCGCGCCAGCGGACAAGGGGUGCUCCACGGUUGUACUGGACAGGACAGACUACCUUCAAAAAGCCAAAGGUUUACAGGAGGACCGACAGUUCUAUGUCCCAUGUGCAACGAACCCUGUAAAAGCGCUGACACGCGAAAUUAAUGCUACGUUGUUGGCCUUGGAGAACUCAGGUACAAUAACACCGACUGACAGACGCAUGGGGAGAUCCCAAGAUAUGUCUUUGGCCCGAUUCUAUAGCCUCCCUAAGGUGCACAAAGACGACGCUCCUCUCCGACCCAUCGUGUCGCUUUAAGGGGCUCCAACGUACGGACUGCCUAAGUGGCAGUUCCGGCGUCUCAAGUUCCAGACCGCUGAGUCAGACACCACGGUGUCUUCAUCAGCACAAUUGCUGGAGAAACUCAAAAGGGUAAGUCCCCAUCGAAAUGAGAUCAUAGUAUCUUUUGAUGCAACAUCCCUUUUUACUUAUAUUCUCCAGGACCUGGCGAUCGAGGAGAUCGAGCUGCUUCUACAAAGCAGAUACGAUGAAACGGAGAAUCGUCUUGGACACGCCCAAGUCCCUCAGCUCCUGAAGUUCUGUCUCAGGACGUACUUCACGGUCGACGAGACAAUCUACACACAGGUGAAGGGUCGAUUUCCGGGAUUCAUCGCAGAGGUGGUCCUGCAACGGUUAGAGUCGCUGGUCUUCCAACAUCACAAACCGAAUUUCUGGGCUCAGUAUAUAGAAGAUACCUUCGUCGCCAUCGACCGGGAUCAACUGCUGACAUUCAAGGAACAUCUGAAUGAGGUCUUCCCGGACAUACAAUUUACGAAGGAGGAGGAACAGAACAACCAGCUGGCCUUCCUGGAUGUCCUCGUAUGCCGCAAAUAUUGUGGUGGACUAAAGACCAAAGUGUUCAGGAAAGCGACAAAUACGAUGCGAGUACCGAACUUCAACGGCAACCGCCCAAUCAGCCACAAAAGCAGUUGUGUAAGGACGCUCUAUCGGCGUGUCGAAACGCACUGCAGUGAGUCGGAAGACAAGACUCCUGAACUACAAUACCUCCGACGAGUCUUCAAAGCCAAUGGCUACUCGUGCAACUUCGUCAACCGGUGCAUAUGCAAACGGGACAAAAGGCCUAACCGCACGGACGCCAAAGUUUGA